AUGUGCCCCCAGUGUGUGCCCCAGUGUGUGCCCCAGUGUGUACCCCAGUGUGUGCCCUGCACCCCAGUGUGUGCCCCCAGUGUGCCCAGUGUGUGCCUCAGUGUGUACCUCAGCAGGCGCCCCUGUGUGCCUCAGUGUGUGCCCCAGUGUGUGCCCCAGUGUGUACCCAGUGUGGUGCCCCAGCAGUGUACCCCAGUGUGCCCCAGUGUGUGCCCCAGUGUGUGCCCCAGUGUGUGCCCUCAAAGUGUGUGUGCCUCCAGGCACCCAGUGUGCACCCCAGUGUGUGCCCCUCAGUGUGUGCCCCCAGGCAGUUCUCUAGCAAAGCCCAGUGCACCUAGUGUGCACCUAAACCCCAGUGUAGCCCCAGUGCACCCCAGUGUACCUAAGUGUGUCCCUGUGCACCUGUGGUGCCUCAGGUGUGUUCAGGCCAUGUGUACCCCAGUGUACCCAGUGUGUGCCCCCAGUGUGUGUACCCCAGUGUGUGCCCCAGUGUGUGCUCAGUGUGCCCCCCAGUGUGUGCCCCAGUGUGUGCCCCCAGUGUGUGCCCCAGUGUGCCUCAGUGGCACCUGUGCCCCUGCAACCCCAGUGUGUGCCCCAGGUACCCCCCAGGCCCAGGUGCCCCAGUGUGUACCCCAGCUCAGUGCACCCCAGUGUGUGCCUCAGUGUGUACCCCAGUGUGGCCCCAGUGUGCCCAUGUGGCCCCAGUGCCCAGUGUGUGCCCCAGCAGGUACCCCAGUGCACCCCAGUGCACCCCAGUGCACCCCAGUGUGCACCCCAGUGUGUGCCCCAGUGUGUACCCCAGUGCACUCAGUGUGUACCCCAGUGUGUGCCCCAGUGUGCCCCAGUGCAUGCACCAGCAGUGUACCUGUGUGUGCCCCAGUGUGCACCCAGUGGUACCCCCAGUGUGCCCCAGUGUACCUCAGGUGCCCCAGUGUGUACCCCAGUGUGCACCCCAGCAGGCACCCCAGUGUGUGCCCAGGUGUGGCACCCCAGUGUGCACCCCAGUGUGUGCCCCAGUGUGCACCCUCAGGCACCCCAGCAGGCACCCCAGUGUGUGUUCAGUGCACCCCAGUGUGUACCCCAGUGCACCCCAUGUGUGCCCCAGUGUGCACCCCAGUGUGGCACCCAGGCACCCCAGUGUGCACCCCAGUGUGCACCCCAGUGUGUACCCCAGUGUGUACCCCAGUGUGUGCCCCCAGUGUGUACCCCAGUGUGCACCCCAGUGUGUACCCCAGCAGUGUGCCCCAGUGUGUACCCCAGUGCACCCCAGUGUGCACCCCUGUGUGUGUGCCCCAGUGUGUACCCUGGUGUGCCUCAGUGUGUACCCCAUGUGUACCCCAGUGUGUACCCCAGUGUGUACCUCAGUGCACCUCAGUGUGCACCCCAGUGUGUACCCCAGUGUGCCCCAGUGUGUGCCCCAGUGUGUGCCCCAGUGCACCCCAGUGUGUGCCCCAGCAGUGCACCCCAGUGUGCACCCCAGUGUGUGCCCCAGUGUGCACCCCAGUGUGCACCCCAGUGUGCACCCCAGCAGCCCCAGUGUGCACCCCCAGUGCACCCCAGUGUGUGCCCCAGUGUGUGCCCCAGUGUGCCCCAGUGUGCACCCCAGUGGGUGCCCCAGUGUGUGCCCCAGGCACCCCAGCAGCCCCAGUGUGUACCCCAGGCCCCAGCAUGCACCCCAGUGUGUGCCCCCAGUGUGUACCCCAGUGUGCACCCCAGUGUGCCCCAGUGUGUGCCCCAGUGUGUACCCCAGUGUGUGCCCCAGUGUGUGCCCCAGUGUGCCCCAGUGUGCCCCCAGGCUGCCUCAGUGUGGCCUCAGUGUGUGCCUCAGGGGAGCUGUAG